UCCAUGGCGUAGUAAAUACUAAAUAGUGCUGCAUGCUUCAGUACAGCUUCGUCAUGGAAUACUACUCCUCCUUCCUUCCUCCUCCCCUCUUCAGCCGGAGAUGGCUUCUCCUCUCCCUCGCCGCCCUCCUCGGCUACCUCUUGCUCUGCUUCACCCUCCACCGCAUCUUUCCGGCCCCGAACGUUAUAGCCAUCGCUUCUUUGUCCUUUCCUCGCCCCCAGGGAGAACUCGACUCGACGCCGUUAGCGCCGGCCCCUUCGGCGGCCCCUCAAGUUAGUCAUUUAGCACUGACGGCCAACUUUCCUGGCAACGUCUCCGGCGUGGACAGCGCGGAGGAGAAAUGCAACUUGUUCGAAGGGAGGUGGGUCUAUGACCCGAGCCGGCACCCGCUCUACCGCUCCCAAAGGUGUCCUUUCCUCAGCGACCAAGUGAGCUGCCAGAGAAGCGGCCGGCCGGACUCUGACUACGAGCGGUGGCGGUGGCAGCCCAACGGCUGUGACUUACCGAGGUUUAAUGGGACGGAGACGCUGGAGAGGUGGAGGGGGAAGCGGGUGGUGGUGGUCGGCGAUUCACUCAACCGGAACAUGUGGGAGUCGAUGAUCUGCAUACUCUACUCUGCGGUUCACCGGAAGCACGUCUACGUCAAGGACCGCAGCGCCGAGCACAAACUCUUCCGAGCCUUGGAUUACGAUUGCACGGUGGAAUUCUUUUGGAGUCCGUUCCUGGUGGAGCUGAAGGAGAGGAAGGGAGACCGUGCCAAGAUCCUGCAUCUCGACAAUCUCUCCGCCAGCGCUCGCUUCUGGCGAGGCGCUGACGUCAUGGUCUUCAACACCGGCCACUGGUGGACGCACAACGGCAAAAUGAGGGCCUGGGACUACUUCCAGCUCAGGGAAGAACUCACGGAGGAGAUGGAACCCGCCGAGGCUUUCAACAUAGCCCUCAGAACUUGGGCUCGCUGGGUCGACCGCAACGUCGACCCUCGCCAGACCGCCGUCUUCUUCCGCAGCAUCUCGCCAGAGCACAAGAGGGAGAAUUUACAAUGGUGCUACAACCAAACUCGACCCAUCUCCGACAAAGAGAGGUAUGUGUGGCAGUUUCCCAAGUCAAUGGUGACGCUGGUAGAGAGGACCCUCCUGAGGAUGAGGACGCCAGUGCGUUAUCUCAACGUGACGCGGCUGUCGGGGUUCAGACGGGACGCCCACACGGGCGUGUACACUUCGAGGCAGGGGAAGCUCCUGACGCCGGAGCAGAGGAAGGAACCGGAGAGGUUCGCCGACUGUAGCCACUGGUGCUUGCCUGGAUUGCCCGACACUUGGAACGAACUCCUCUUUGCCUCCCUCCUGGAAACCAGCUUAACUACUUCGUGAACAGAGGCUGGUGGAUCACAAUCCUCGACGGCGCGAUUAAAGAUUUUAACGGCGCUUCUAUAUUCUUUUUGAAUAUAAUUAGCAGCAUUAGUUGAAUAUCAGUCGACGAAGCAGUGGUCAGAAUCACUUGCAUCUUAUCUUAGUUGAACACGAAACGUUACAACAAGAUCAAACAAGAGAAUGUUCUCUUUAGAUAUAUUACACAUGUGGUUGCGUGACUUGCCUCAUUCCAAAAGCCAUAGUGAACUUUCAUUUUCUGGGUAUAGACAAUGUUGCCAGGUCAACAUAUUGACGUACCAAUUC